UUCAGCCAUGGCCUGGAGCUCGGACUGGUGGACCAAUGGCUGGAAUGGUCCCGUGGAUCCGGAACAAGAUGAAUUUAUUAAGAAGUGUCAGCUGGAUGACGCCUCCAUCACUUUCCUUUCCGGGCUCCCGGAGAACGUCAAGGACGAGGUCAAACGCAGCGUUUGUCCCGCCUGGGAGGAAGGUUUGAGUUUCAAGCGAUUCUUUGAGAUCGUGAGAGACAUUUGGUUGAGACAACUCUGCGUCCAUCGAGACCGGAGGGUGAUGAAGUUGGUUGAAUCUGCGCAAGAGGAUGACCUCCGUGUGGUGAUGAUGAAGUUCGACCCCACGCGGACAAAAGAUGGAAACGUGGCGGCGCGGCUGGUGAGUUUCCUUUCGUCCGUGAUCCGCACCAGCAACCGCGAUGGCGGGGAGCCGUUCAAGGCCCUGGUGCCGGACUGUUCCGUCCCGGAGCGAGAUGUUGGUCGAGUGCUUGGGGAGCGAGGCACUACCAUGAAGAAUAUCGUGGAUUCGGUGUGUCAGGCCAUUGGCCACGAGCGGCAGCACGGCCAUCGGCCCAUCCUGCAACUGGCCUACAGCGGCGGUGCGACACGCUUCGAGCUGCUCUUGUAUCCGCCCUUCAACGACCAGCAGAGCUUUGAAAAGGCCACGGAUGCAGUGCAGAAGAUGGUUCACGAAAUCAUGGAGAAUCCCUCGCACUGGGCCUUCAGCACCUGCAAGCGGCCGCCGCGACUGCAGUACGACGAUUGGACUUGCCCCAACCGGCGCUGUGGCAACAUUUGCUUCGCACGGCGCACGCAGUGCAACUUGUGCGGCGCUGAAAAACCCACGGACUGGACACCAGCGCAUCUGAAGCAGGAGGAAGGUCAGCUUCACAUCGGGGACGUGGAGUGGGGGAGGCAGAAGAGGAUCCGAGUGAUGGAGACCAAAGACGUCUACAAAGAUCUGGAGGUCCCAGAGGGCCAUUGUCGAGUCGUCUGGCUGAUUCCCACUGAGACACUGCCGAUCGUGAAAGGUCGUGGCUUGCACGAGAUCAAACAGAAGUCGGGGGUCGACACACUGUUGGUCACCCGGGAAGUGGAAUGUGAUACCUACUUCGGUGUGGAGUACGUUCAAGCCUUUUGCAUCGGAAGUCCUGCUUGUACUAAGAGUGCCAUUUCCAUGAUCCACAACGAAGCCUCCGGUCGCUUGAGCGAAGAAGGCUUUCACGAGCUGAUCGAUGCCAUUGAGGAAGCUUUGCCUAGAGUGGAGGAUGAGUUCGAGCAGGGCUUCGUUGCCCUGUCCUUGAUGGAGCUGUUGAACCAAGAGAAGAUCCGCGAUGCCUGGGCGAAGACCAAAGUCCUUCGACAAGGAACCGGCUUGAGGACUCUCUUGGAGGUUCUUAACCGCUGGCCCGAGUACUUCAAGACCCAAGCCACCGGCCCUGCGGGCGCCACGGUGUGCCGCACCGCGCAGCUGCGCGCCGGCGGCGGCCAGGCGCAACGUGCAGCGGAGGCGCGGGAGGCGAAGGUGAAGGUGCAAGACUACGAUGAAGACAGUGACAGCUGGGAUUGAAGAAAA